AUGCCUGCAUCCAUGGCCCUCAUAUUUGACUUGAUGGCUCCCGCACUUUGCGUGUAUAACGAUGCAGUAUUCACGGAACAGGACUGGGAGGGCAUUACGAUGAUAUACAGCAGCAUAAAAGAGGAGGACAAAUCUAAAGUCGGUAGAUUCGGGCUCGGAUUCAAGUCUGUGUUUCACAUUACAGACUACCCUUGUAUCAUCAGCGGAGACAAAAUGUUGUUGAUUGAUCCGCAACAACCGACUGACAGAGUGAAUGCCUUCUUUGAAAUACCUUUGAUGCACGAUCCCUGGGAGGGACUUGACAUGAACGAUUUUUACAAUGGCCUUGGUGGAUAUUUUGGCGUAGAUCAGCGUAUGAUUAGUGAUGGACAUUUCAACGGAACGUUGUUCUGGUUUCCUUUAAGGGAAAGAGCGUCCCCUUUGUCUGACACAUUGUACGACGAACGCAAGAUUCUUGAUCUUUUGGAUGGCUUGAAGUCUGAGGCACCUAGCAUCCUCAUUUUCUUAAGAAACCUGGAAUCGCUGACAGUUUUUACAGCGAAAGAAUGUUAUCAACGUACAUCAACAUUCGGUACGCAUGAACACAACAGAAAACGGCCUAGUUUUCAUGUACGCAUCAAAGAUGCUGAGCACCAGGUUCGACAUGCAAGGGAAGAGUUUAUUGCCAAAAUGGACACAAACAGUAGUGAUGUCACAAGUAUGACAGAUUACUGCAUAGAAGUUACAACAGAUGGACAGGUUACAGAUUACUAUUGGGCUGUGUUAAACUACUUUGUUGGCACUUCUGCCUCUGGACAAUUUCUAACACUAAUCAAUGACAAAGACAUAAGCAUGAGUCCUUGUGUUUCCAUUGCUGUUUCUUUAGAUCAGUCUCGUCAACAGUUUGAGGGACAUAUAUAUUGCUUCAUGCCUUUACCGAAAGAAGGAUCAAAGCUUACCGGUUUACCUUUUCAUGUGAACGGAUUCUUUGCGCUAAGCCAAAACAGACACCAUCUAAAAUGGGUUACAGAUGAACAGAAGAUGCAGAAAAUAUAUGACAAAAAUGUUUUAUGGAAUCAAUAUAUGGUGACUGAGGCAUUGCCAAAGACAUUCAAAGCAAUAUAUCUCUAUCUGGUACAUCGCGCCCAGCGAAAUGGAAACCCAAAUGAGGAUAUAAUGAAUAUCAAUAGACUCAUUCCUGAUUUUCCAAAUGUCUUGGACAAGUGGAGACAAUUCAUGUUCAAUGCUUUAAGCUUGGUCAAGUCUGAGAAGAUCUUCUUCUGCAGACAUUUAAACGCUUGGAUUCCAUUGCAGCAGAGUAUAUUUGCCUCGUUUGAUAAUUUACCAAGACAUCUUGACCACGUUCGUUCUUCGGUGAAGAAAUGUUUACAAUACAUGGGCCAAUAUCUUGUUGAAGUGCCAGAUGAAACUGUUGCUACAUUCAAACAAUUAUUUCCUGGACAAGUAACGGACGUGACACCUUUACUGUUGGCUAGAUACAUGAAACAAAAUAUGAAGUACAUGGAUUUGGACGACAAGGCGAAACUGAAUAUUCUCGAAUACCUUGUCUCCGAUGCUGAUAACACAAAGCUUGAAAAUUUACACCUGAUACUGCUUGCGUCGCGUGAUUGGGCUGCGUUUCACCAACGGGGAGAGCCGAUCUACAUUUGCGAUGAGAAGAUCAUAUCCCUGUUUCCGUUGCUGACAAACAGGUUUCUUGCUCCAGAUGCAAGGGAGACCGUUUACAAAUCAGGUACGUAG